AUGUCUUCUGACGCAACCUGGAAAUGUCACGCGUUUGGCGUAUCCUCUUUAUUACCUAGAGCUUCUUCCAACGGCGAGACUUCCAAAAACAAUCCUACCAAUCUCACCGCAAGAGAGAUAGCCAGAAUGCCAUCGUCGCCAACGAAAUCCCUCGACCCUCUGAUCGAUCACACCCACCAUUAUGCGUUCCCUCCAAUCUCAACUGCAGAUGCCCCAGGCAGACCUCCCACAGCCCCCCUGAAAGUACCCGCCUUUGAAUCGAUGGCACACGAUAUGGAUGCUGGUGAUAAAACAGUGCCACUCAAUGAGUUGCAUAUCCAGCUGGGUCGCUCGAACUCACAAACCAACUUUGAUCAGAAUUGUGAAGGCCCUUAUCGAGAACACUCGAUCGUUGACCCGUCCUUGUUGAUGGAUCCUUUCUAUGAAAAUUCAAGUUACCUACCCAUCCGAGAGACGAUUUCCCCCUAUUUACUCGAUUAUCCGGAGGAAUUCAACUAUUGCAACCCCGCUUCGACAAGCCUACAUGAUAUGGCAAGCUUCAACGUCGGUUUUGGCGGCACUGCACCCGACAGCUUACCUGCUCUGACGUGCAAUCUAGCCAGCCCUCAGAUCGGAGGGUCGCUGACCACACCGAAGUCGACGGAUACCUCACCCCUCUUUUCCGUCCAUGACACCGACCUCGCACUAGAUGGGCUUGGACUUUCCUGGAGCGACCCUCUAACGAUAGGGCAAAGCCUUCCACCAGACCAUGCAGGACUUGAGUCUCUCAAUUACCUAGCAAUUCAUGGGGCGACGGGACUGCAACCCCACGGCUAUCCUUUACCGUCUCAAUUCUGCCCGCAUCUCGCAGACAGCAUGGUAUUUGAUGGUGUUUGGGAUCCCAAUGCCGGGCAUCUUGAUGCUCAAUUUGGACAGAACAUACCGUCGCCCCCUGAUCAAAUGUACAACAUUGAUACGACUGGAUUAUUUCAAGACAACAUAACAACAGAUUGGCGGGUCCAUAGUACCGAAAGUCCUAACCAAGAUGCAUCCCGUCGACAUUCAAAAGGCAGGAGCGCUCAAAGAGAUACUUCUAAGGAUGAGCUCUUGGUGAGUUGCAAGGCUCAAGGAAUGUCAUAUAAGCAAAUUAAGGAACUGGGCGGGUUUGAUGAGGCCGAAUCAACCCUACGGGGCCGUUAUCGAGCACUCACCAAGCCAAGGGAAGCCAGACUGCGAAAACCAGAAUGGGGAAAGCGUGAGAUCGAAUUGCUCUUCGAGGGCGUGGCUCAUUUCUCCAAGUCAAACGCGGAUUUCUUGCUUCCGGAAGACGCUCCUGACAGCGCUAGUCUGAACCAACUUGUCAACAAGAUACCCUGGAAACAAGUUGCUGAAUAUAUGGAGAGUAGAGGCACCUACAGAUAUGGUAACUGGACAGUCAAAAAGAAGUACAUGGAAAUCCUGAAAAGCCGCGCCAGUCUCUAUCCAGCUCGUCCUGGUUAA